AUGAACACGCAAGAACUUCUGGGCGUAGGCGCAUGCAUGGGCUUUUUCUUCUCCUCCUCGCUAGGCAUGACCUUCUUCACUUCGCACUUCCUCUCCCAAACCGGAUACAAUUUUAAGUUUCCCCUGUUUUACUUUUCUCUCCACCAUCUUACCCACUUUGUGCUAUCUGCGUUUUGCAUCUGGUACUUCAAAAAACAAGUUUUGCACGAGCAAGUUAUCGAGUCUCCGCUGCCGUACAUAAUGCGAGAAAAGAUAGGCUCCCCCCUCGAGGCUCCGCUCAAAAAAGAAAAGCCCGAAAACACGCUGGAGACUCUUUCCGCAAACACAAACAGCGCGCUGCGCCCGAUACUUUGCUUUCUCAGCGACAUUGGUGCGUUCAACGUGUGGAUUGUGGUCUGCUGCUUCAUUGGGUCGAUCGACAGCGGGUUCUCUGGGAAGGCGCUGACGCGAAUAUCUCUCCCCGUCUACACCAUGCUUAAGUCCACUACGCCGGUGUUUAUUCUGUUUGCUCGCUUUGUCUUCCAGCUGGAGCGCCCGUCUAUCACACUGAUUGUUAUUAUUUGCAUGAUUGCCUCGGGCAUUUCUCUGGCUGCGAAAAGCGAGGCCAUGGGGUUUGACGCCAAGUACGGCCUCAUGACCCUUGGCGCGUGCGUCAUGGCCGGCUUCAGAUGGGGGUUUUUAGAGUACUUCAUAAAACACAGCAUAAAAAAAAACAAGAGCAUUCUGCACAGCCUCUCCGUGCUGUCUCUUCUUUCCGGGCUUUUUCUGCUCGCCGGGUUCUUUCUGUUUGAGGGGCCCAUAGGCCUCUUCAACUUCUGCGCGCAAAAGUCUGCAGGGGCUGCUGCACAGUGCUUGCUCCUGAUAGUGGCCACAGGGGCUAUUGGCUUUUUCGGGUGCUUGGCAGAGUUUCUAGUUAUUUCUAAAACAAACGUAAUGGUUUCCUCUGUGGUUAUUAUCAUUAAGGAAAUCGUGAUCCUGUGCAUUUCGGUGCACCAGCACAGUCUAACGCUCACGUCAGUCAACAUUUUUGGCCUGGCGCUCUCAAUAGUCGGAAUAUUUCUGUUUACCUUCCGGUCGGUUCUCUUCCCUGAGGCUGCAGCACUCUCCUCUGUCGACGAAAAAGCGCUGGAGAGCGCAUACACCACGCACAGAGUCGUGCAAUCCCCCGAAAAAACACCAGUGACCGUGCCCUCCUAA